AUGUCGAUUUCGAAGAGGGAUCAGAAAACCCACCAUUUCCGCCCAAUACUGAAAUCUUCCCGUCAUACAUCGUUGCAACACUGUCAGCAACUAAAACCACUGAUAAAAAGACUGUUUGUCGGAUGCGUUGCUGUCACUGAAGAUAAUCUCCAGACUUAUUUACUUCGACACGACAACAGAACGUGCAUCAAGAAACGAAUAGCAUUGGGCUUUAGUUUACAGAGCUUUAUGCAUGUAUGA